UAUUAUAUUAUGUCUUAUCUUUUAUCCUGUAAUUACUAUUUACAUUUUACUUAUAGUAUCAACGACUGACCAGUGACCAUACAGUGAUGAACAGUGAACACUAUCAUACUUCUGACAUUCGCGUGUUUUAUUAUUUAUUUUUAUUAUAAUAUAAUAUUAAUUGUCUUGAGUUGUCUUUGAGUGUUGAUAUUUAAUUAUUCACCAAAUAACUAAACAAUAGUUUUUCUAGUUACGUAAAUUUUAUUUUCUAAUAAUUUAAGAGUAUGUCAAGAUUUAUGAAUGGAGUAUUGAAUAAAGUGCACAAAAGUGUUGUGAGUGUUGCCAUUGGAUUAACGGUGAUAUCCACUGGAAUAUUUUUUUUAAGAUCCUACGAAAUUUUAUUCGUACCAGUUGAUCAAAGAGUCAAAGCUAGACAAGAGGUCAAUGAAUUGUUAAACAACGAGCAACUGCUGCAUAACGAGGAAUAGAUUUAAAAUGAGGUUUUACAAGUAUUGUGAUCUAGUCAACGCUAAUACUAACUAUGCAAAUCGGAUGAAGAUGCUCAGCAACCGUAUUUUUGGUGAAGUUGUGCGGCCAACUAAUGAAAAAUCUAUGAGGGUAGUGAAAAUGUUUAGUGAAGAACCAUUAUACAAAAAAGAAAAUGUUAUAAACUACUAUCCUCGUCAUAUAGAGACAGGAUUAUUAAUGAAAAAACUUCGAGAAUACGGCUUGUAUAGAGAUGAACAUCAAGACUUCAUUGAAGAAAUGAGGAGACUCAAAGCUCUUAGGGGUAAAGUGUUUGUUAAAGGAGAGAAAAAAAGAAAAGCUAAGAGUAUUAUAUAGUUGUUCAGUCGUUCAAAGUUGCAUUCUUGUACUAAAAAUAAUCUGUGUUCUUAUUUAUGUUUAAACAAUUUUCUUUAGUAACAUAUUUGUAGUUAUGUGUUAAUAAAAAUAUGAUUAAU